AUGACUAUCACCAUGAAGGCAUCUCUUGGAGACUUUGUGCUUCCACGUGGAGCUGGCGGUCCCCCCAAAGGCGAUCCAUCAUCAGAGCCAGCGCUCCCAUUAAAGUCGAAGGCUAAGGAGUCCGCACCCUUUAUGGGGUCGCGCCAUAAUCCUCAAUCCCGAGGCCAGAAGCGCGACUGGUACAACAAGCGUCGCAAUGAUACUGGGAAACAUUCCCAGCGUGCGCCACAGCCCGAGAAUGGCCAUCGUCUAGGAGAGGACCAGCAUCAGGGCUAUCAGGACCAGCGUCAAUACCAGCCCCUGUAUUAUGCGCCUGCGAACGUAGUUCUGGAGCACCCCGAUUACUUCAACUACAACCCCUCAAACGACUCCCAUACACCAGGUCGGAUUUAUUCUGAUGCGUAUGGCUUCGACCCUCAGCUUUUACCUAUGCUACCAGCCUCAUACCCAAUCUUCAUGUCGAUUCCACCAUCCCCUCCACGUAUGGGCCAGCUCUUUCCAUCCUCGAUGACUUUGGCGGCUUUGACAGCGGAGUUCGAGAAGCAUCGCGUGUGGGAUGAAUUGGAGGAAGUCGCUUCUAUGUGGUCCCCCCCUCUGCCUUCAGUCGAUCCCUUUGUCGAUCCCCCCAAGUCUUGGACUAAGAUGCGUCGUAGUCAAGCCGGGUAUCACCAUCAGCGUUCAACGCUCCGUCCUUGGGCGAAUGAAUUUGUGCCCGGUCGCUUGUUCCACCCAAUCUUGGGCUGGUAG